ACCCCGGCCAGAUAGAGCCAUAACUUUUGAACUAUAUUUGGGAAAGCACUGGCCAGGAAAAAAAAUGAUAAAAUUCUUCCUUAUGGUGAAUAAACAAGGACAGACCUGACUUUCCAAGUACUAUGAACAUGUGGACAUGAACAAGCGUACACUGCUGGAAACAGAGGUCAUAAAGACCUGCCUGUCUCGAUCCAGUGGACAAUGUUCUUUCAUUGAAUAUAAGGAUUUCAAGCUGGUCUAUCGGCAGUACACGACUCUCUUUAUUGUGGUUGGAGUUAAUCACACGGAGAAUGAGAUGGCCAUUUAUGAAUUCAUCAGUAAUUUUGUGGAAGUUUUAGAUGCCUACUUCAGCCAAGUGAGUGAACUAGAUAUAAUGUUUAAUCUCGAUAAAGUACACAUCAUUUUGGAUGAGAUGGUAUUAAAUGGCUGCAUAGUGGAAACUAACAGGGCAAGAAUUCUCACCCCUCUACUGAUUCUUGAUAAAAUGUCAGAAAGCUGAGUGGAAGACUCUACCAGACAACAUGGAUUUACAGGAAAUGUGAACAUCAUGGAAUACUACUCAUCAGCUGCAGCCAAAAGGAAUCUGGAAGACCGAUUUAAGAAAAAAAAUUAAGAGGCUGGAGAUAUAGCUUAGCUGCAUACACACCUGCCUGGCAAUUGCAAGGUCCCGAGUUUGAUCCCUGGUACCUUAAAAAAAAAAAGAACCUUGAAAUACUGCACAUUGCAAAAUGGGGUAUCCUUCCAAACAUAAUAAAUGGCUGUUUUUCCCAGUUACUAAGUGGAGAACAAAACUGUAUUUUAUAAAUUUGUAUAAUUUUUUUUUUGAGACAGGUUCUUGCUAUGCAG